AUGGCAACCAUCCUGAACCCUCCCUCGAAGCUCCUGUCACUGCGAACUCUACUGUCGCUCCCAGCCUCAAUCAGACCCGCCGUGUACGCAUCAUGUCACUCGCGAAGUCUAUCUACCGCACCGGAGAAGAAGCACCCAAAGACAGCCAUCUUCUUCCCGGGUCAAGGAGUGCAACGCGUGGGCAUGACCACAGACUGGCUAGAAGCAUUUCCCAGAACCGUGAAGCCCAUGCUGGAGCAGAUGGACGAGACCUUGAAUGUCAGCCUGUCGAAGAUCAUAGCAGAUGGGCCCAACAGUCUGCUCACAGCGACGGAGAAUGCGCAGCCUGCCAUUAUGUGGAGCUCAAUGAUCAUCCUGCGAGUCCUCGAGCAAGAGUUCAACUUCAAGGUGUCGGAAAGAGUCGACAUUACACUAGGUCACUCGCUGGGAGAGUUCGCCGCCCUCGUAGCAGGAGGUUACCUACGAGACACCGAUGCGCUGAAGUUGGUACGGAGAAGAGCAGAGAUCAUGGCCCGCUGCUCGAAAGAAGCCAAUGAGGAAGUCGGCAUGGUCGCGCUCGUCUGCGAAGCCGAUCACGUCGCCUCCAUGGUGCAGGCGAUCCACUCCUUCCUCGAUCAGAGCUCCGAAGGCGCAAAGACAGACUCCCACUCCGACACCGACCUGCCUCCCGUGCAACAGGUUAUGAUCGCGAACGUCAACUCGAAGAACCAGGUGGUCCUGUCCGGCGGUAUUCGUAGAAUAAAUGAACUCCUGACCCACCUCCGCCAAUUCUCUGGUCACGAUCCUCGCGCUGUACGAUUAAAGAGCGACUCGCCAUUCCACUCCCCCUUGAUGAAACCCGCCGCGGACCUCAUGAAGAAGAUGCUACACCAACCCUCCCCGACCGCAGGGAGGGAAGAGGACAUUGUAAUCUGGCCAGGCGUCAUGCCGUGUAUCAGCAACGUCUCAGCACGACCUUUCAAGAGCAAGACGCAGCUGAAAGAUUUCCUGGCGCAACAAUGUGUCGCGACGGUUCUGUGGCACGACAGCAUUGUAUACCUUCACCAGGAAGAGAAGUGCAAGCGCUGGAUUGGCAUUGGGCCAGGCAAGGUGGGCAGGAACCUUGUGGGCAAGGAAGUGGGCAUGAAGGGGGCUGGCACGAAGGGAGGAGGGGUGUGGGGGGUUAGUGGACCGGGUGAGGUGGAGGCUGUAUUGAGCGAUUUGGAUAGGACUGAUGCGUAUGAGGAGGAGUGA